UUCUAUAUAAUAAUCUUAAGAUGAACCGUAAGUUACUUUAUGCUCGUUCGUGACGUGAACAUGUGUUUGCAUAGUGUGAAUGUAUUCUCGAUAUCGUAGUGUCUAUCUUUACAUACAAAAAGUGUUUAUAUCAUUUAAUAGAGCAUUGUAAUGGGAAUUUGGUCAAUUGUUCGUGUUAUUUGUUUUUAAUAAUAAAAGUAAUAUGAGUGGUACUUCGCGUAAAGUGAGAAACCCAUUGCUCUCAGCAGCUGGCAUGGGAUCACCUUUUGAAUAUUAUCCGGAAAAUGCUCUCCUUGUCCCAGUUACACCUGCAACACCUGCUGUUCUUCUAGACGAUGCUGAACUAGACAACUUCGUGGGACAAGAGUCCAGUCAAUCUCAGAAUUCGUCAGUUAGUCAGACAGUUUCGAAUAACGAGUUAGAAGGUGAGAAUUUAUUGGCGAACACAUCUGUUAAUUCAGAGGAGUCAAAUCUGCUGACAAAUCAGCCAACGAAACAAAGUUACUUCACGUCGAUUCUAUCGUCUUUACCAAACUUGUCCCUGUCCUCGAUCAAAGCUGAUUCUUCGGGAAGUCAAGGAGUCGAAGUCACUACUGGCAAACAAGAUAUAAAUCCUUACAGUGUACCUCAAAGUCGCAAUGGUUCAUUACCGGAAACGUCGUCAUUCUUAUCGACUAAUCCUCACGAUCCUUACGAUGUAAACCAAUCAGGAUCUGGUGAGGCUAAUUUAAGAGCGACUACUUUUAUUGCUCCUCCGCAACCAACUCUUCCCCCGAUUAUACCAAUCUCAACAGGUCCGGUUUCUUAUCGACUUGGUAAUCAGCGACGUUUGAAAUAUGCUCCACCGCCUGACUUAACAUCGAAUACUGCGAAACAAUAUCCGAAUCCAUCUGUACAAGAUUUUUUCUCUUCUUCAAACGUACUAGCACCGUCAAGUAUAUUAAAUCCAAAUACAGCAACCAUUGAACAACAAAUAUCAAACAGUAGCCCUGAACUAUCACAAACAUCUGUAAUCUCCCCUUCAGAACAAUUUGUGACACCUGAACAACGUUCACAAAGUACAUCCCUUCAUGGAUCGUUUAGGUCCAGUCCUUCGACGAUAGGAGCUUUCUCCAAUUCCAACGUAACUUCUCAAAGUUCUUUUGGUGAAAUUUCUUUAACAACUGGUCCAUCCGGAUAUUCGGUUUCUUCAUCGAGAUCGAUACCUCCGCGAAAUCUAGAUCCCGCUACCCCUCAAAACACUCCGGCAAACGUUUCCUCUUCUUUUGGUUUUUUUGCGAAUCAGCCGGAUUUUUUGAUGCGAUUUGGAUCUGCGUCUUAUAGUGAAAAAGAACAAGAAGUCACGGACAAUCAAUACACUCACAGCCAGGAUAUUUUUAAGCAGGAAUCGUCCAAUCCUACUUUGAAUGUUUCAAAAACACAGUCGCUUGUGUCUCCAGUAGUUCGCACGUUCAGACCUAUCUCAGCAGCUAAAGUGACAGAAAAAUUAGAACAUUUCUUGGCUGAGCAAAAGGAGGAAUCACCAUCCGGUACUUCGUCGGAUUUUUCUUCCGAAGUAAUCAAUAUCACGCCACAAAAUGGAAAUGAAAUAAAGACUCUUAAUUUUGAAAGUAUACUUCAACCGUCCGGUGAAUCGAAUGAGGAGUCAAAUAAAAUAAAAUCGAACGACGAACCAUCGAACGCUGACUUGUCCAAAAGUGAUUCUUUAUCCGACGUACCUUUGAAUCAAAACUCCUAUGAUAAUACGGACUUACUCAGUGAUCCCCAAGAUUUAAAGAAAAUACAAGGUAUUACAUUCGAUACUCAAACUAACCAAUUAAAUUUGGCUCCUCUACAACAAUCUAAUCAGACGCAAGCAUUGCCUAUUUUACCUUUGGACAAAAAAACAACGGAAACAGCAAUAAAUUUAAACCCAAGAUCAAUUCAAGAAGAAUCCAGAUUAAACUCUACAUUCGUUGAUUUUUCUUCGAACACAUUUAUCGAGCCAGUUGAGAAUAAAACGAAUUAUUUUUUGUUUCAUCCUCAGCAAACUGAUAUUGAUACAAACCUUAAUCAAGUCUCAAAUAUUGAAUUACAUAAGAAAGAAGAAUAUCCUUCCUUUAAUCAACAUUCUACAAAUACUGCACUCGCAAUUCCUCAAUCAAUUUGGAACACUAAUAAAAAUAUCCAAAUACAGAAUAACGAUUCAACACACAACGAUCAAGCUCCACAACCUCCUCAAUUUUAUAAUCCUGCCCAGUUAAUGGGUGAGGCUUACAAAUAUCAAUAUCCUGCAAGUAUAUAUGUACCAACGACCAAUUCUAUAUUUAAUAGUCAAACGCACACGUUUAUUGCUCAAUCUUCGAAAUUGGAAGAAUCACGAAACAUUGUUCCUGAUAACGAUUUUAUAUAUGCACAACGUUCAAUUCCCAUGGCAACAGCUGUACCCGAGCCUACAGGUUCUGCUACUCUUAAUCCAAUUCAAUUAUCGGCAAGUCCAUUCAGUGGUCAUACGACACCAGACAGUAUACCUCAGAGUUUUCAAACCUUGGCUGCUGGUGUUCCAACCGGACGAAUGCAGUACAAAGUAAUAAAUCAUCACUGGUUCUAUCGUAAGGAGGUGGAAAAUAAAGUACUAUGGCUUCCAUUUUCCACAGAGGAUAGCUUACGAUUAGAAAAUGUACAUAAUUCUAGUGAGAUAACUACGGAGACUACAGUAGCUACCGAUGGUGGUCGCUAUGAUGUAGAUAUUCUCAGACGUCAAAGAUCUCCUGUUUAUUGGUCAGGACCUUCGACAGAAGUGAGACGAUGUUCUUGGUUUUAUAAAGGACAUUCAGAGUCCAAAUAUAUCCCUUACGAUGAGAGCAUAGCCGUGAAACUCGAAGAAGAAUUUAAGCAUGCUUGUAUUACGUCAUCUUGGAAUCGCCGAAUAGAUCUGAAUAAUGGAGAAUAUAUUAUUUUUCAUAGUGAAACUGUAUAUGUUCAUUAUUUACAAACAAAUUCUUCAGAUGCGAGUGCCUCUUGGUCUAACCCCACUGAUUCAGAGGACGGUACAUAUUUACAGGGUGGAUGUACUAAGCAACGAAUGGUUAAAAGAGGUGUCGUUGAUUUUAAUAUAGAUAAAGGUGAGCCAGAAAAAAUCGAUCAUCUUCUUUUCGUGGUUCAUGGUAUAGGAAGUGUUUGUGACUUGAAAUUUAGAACCGUUGAAGAAGUUGUUGAUGAAUUUCGGAGUAUAUCAUUGCAAUUAGUACAGUCACAUUAUAAUACCGCCAGUGAACAAGGAAUCGUCAAUAGAAUAGAAGUUUUACCAAUUUCAUGGCACACAACGUUACAUUCCGAUACUGGGAUUGAUAAAAAAUUAAAGGCCAUUACUUUAGAGAGCAUACCAAAGUUACGACAUUUUACAAACGAUACUUUGCUCGACGUACUUUUUUACACUAGUCCGAUAUAUUGUGAAACGAUCAUGCAAACGGUUGGAAAUGAGAUGAACAGAUUAUACACCUUAUUCAAGGAGAGGAAUCCAGAUUUUGAUGGAGGAAUUUAUUUGGGUGGUCAUUCUUUGGGUAGUCUGAUAAUGUUCGAUUUAUUAUGUCAUCAAAAACCUCCGGCGACAGAGGAGAAAGAAGAAGAAGAAGACAGUGAAAUUAACGCCAAAAAUGAAAAUGGAAAUUUGGGUCCUAUACAAUCAUUGGAAGGUCCGACUUUAAAAAGACGUCUCAGUAAGAAAAUCAAUUAUAUGAUAGGUGCUGCUGGAACUGGACAACCUUUUGUAAAUUAUCCCCAAAUAAAUUUUCACCCACGUGCCUUUUUCGCUUUUGGUAGUCCAAUCGGUAUGUUCGUAACGGUUCGGGGUAUUGAUACGCUUGGAGAGAACUUCGCCUUACCUACUUGUCCAGCUUUCUUUCAUAUAUUCCAUCCAUUUGACCCGGUUGCCUAUAGAGUGGAAUCUCUUAUUAAUCCAGAAGCUCAUAAAUAUCGGCCGAUGUUAAUACCUCAUCAUAAAGGCAGGAAGAGAAUGCAUCUAGAAUUGAAAGAAACGAUGGCACGAGUGGGAGCUGAUCUUAAACAGAAAUUUAUUGAUUCCGUUAGUAAUACAUGGAAUUCUAUCUAUCAGUUUGCCUUUCAUAAAUCAGAUAAUGUUCUCGAGCAAGAGAUUGAUAGAGUCGUCGAGAAACAAUUACAGCAAAUACCGAGUGAGUCAGAACAACCGAGUAACGACGAUGGUGGCGCUGAUAUUAAAAUGGGAAACUUGAACGGUGGUCGACGAAUAGAUUACGUUCUUCAAGAGGCACCGUUUGAAUAUAUCAACGAAUAUAUUUUUGCUUUAACAAGUCAUGUUUGUUAUUGGGAAUCUGAAGAUACCAUAUUGAUGAUAUUGAAAGAGAUUUAUGGAUCGAUGGGUAUACAAACUGACGCAAAAUUGCCUCAACAAACUUUGACUAUUGAACGACCAUCGCUAUCUUCAUCUCCGUCAAUUUCCAGUUCUUUUAAAAGCGAUACUUCAGUACCUGUAACAAGCAUGGAUCCUAUAAUAUCCAACAAAUCCAUUGGACCACCCCCUAGAACUGGUUUUGUGAGGAAAUCGUGAUUAACCCCAAGUUAUCGUAUUUCGAGAUAUUUUAUUGAACCCAAACAAUAAAUUCUUUAUAUGACGUUAGAUAAACGAAUUUAGGAAUUAUUAUACGCGUAGACAAUAUUGACGUUAUAUCCGUCACUGAUAAAAAAUUCAGCAUCGAAAAUGAAACAUUGAAAGUGAUCAUCAACGUAACGUAUCGAUAAUCAAUCUAAUAAUAAGCGUGUCCUAAAAAAUCAUCAGAUUAAUGUUAUAUUUUUAGAAUCAGAUUGAAUAACAUAAUGUUCAUGCCUGCGAAUUAUAUAUAAGAUAUCACGACUAUUUGAAUUAGGCUUUCGCAUAGAGAAAUUUUUCAAUGCAUAGACGUUGAAUUUGUGAUUAAAGAGAGAUAUGAUUGUCUGUGUGUGUGUUUGGAUGAAUGUUGAAAAAGAAGUUUGCAACGAAAAGGGUAUAAUGAGGAUAAGAGAUAAAACGUUGUUCUAUAUAUUAAUAAGAUUCAUAAAUGUACAUUAAAUUAAUCUAAUUACCAUAAAUUACAAAUUUUUAAAAUUAUGCUCUGCGAUCGGUUAUAAGUUCAAUUCUAAUUGAACUUAUCGCGUGUUCGAAUUCAAUUAAGUCUUUUAAUAAAUUACUGUAUUCUUUUAUACAUUUAUCUUUCAUCAUAUGCACUCCUCAUAUCACAAUUAAUAGAUAGAACACCAUCGUGCAUCUAUUAUUAUAUGCUAUAUAUUUUUUGAUCGAAUCAUUGAAGUGCCAUCAGCUUAUCGUGGCGACUCGGUUUAGUUACAUCGCAUAAAAAAUAAAAAAACCAAGGAAGGUUUCGAUACAUGCACGGCUAUCACGAAACGCUAAUUAAUUGCAGUGCAAGCCUACCAGGUACAAGGACUGUUUUGCAUUUUGCGUGCAGAUCCUCGUAAAACUACAUGCCUGUCAACUAAGGCGAAUUUCAAGAUGAUUUAUCGUCUCUCGCAAAACGAAGUUUUUCGCGGUGUUUCAUAGCUGCCGUUACUUUUACGAAGCACCGAAAGGCAACGUUUUCGCACAUGCAACUUAACGUUGCUCGCGUUGGUACCUUGGUACGUUGGUGCUUGCUGUACCAUACACACGAAUAUAAAUACAUUUAUCGUCACGAAUCAUUUAUAUUUUGUAUUUUCGACUCUCAGUUUCUUUCUUUUCUUUUUUUAUUCAAAUUUUUCUUCUCCAAAAAUUGUACAAUAUGACAGAUUCAUCUAGGCGAUUUAAAUGAAAUAAAGAAAAUAUUUGUGUCACUUGUAGGAAUUAUCGGAACGAAGAAAUCAGAAUUCAGAAAUGUACAACCACAUAUACGCCGUGCUUAAAAUAUCCUCGGCGAAAGUGAUACCGCCGCGCGAUGAAUUAUGAAUACCAUUUUCAUACACAUCCGCCUGUGUCAACACUGUUUCGUAGUAUAAAGCAACUUGACGAUGUACUAUACUUUGCAUAUGAUGCACGGCCACGUUUUCCUUUUCACCGUGUGAGAAUACUCGGAGAGUACCGCGAGACAGACGUUUAUGCUACGAUGUUGGGGAUAACAAUGAGACAGGAAAGAAAUAAAGAAAAAGAAAACAAAAAAGAAAGAGGGUAGGGAAUGGGGGUGAAAUUUUAGAACGAGUUUCGGUGAGAGUGAUUUACACCUUGGAAAAACUCCCUGACAUUUACGAUACCUACUCGCGAAUUAUUUAUAGCGGUUACCCGUGACGAUGUGUUACCCUCAAACUAUACUUUUCUAUUCCUUUAUUCGCUUUCUUUCUUUUCAUAAGACGACACGACGAUAUAUCUUAACGAUAUCAAUAUAUUUUUAUAUAUCUACAAUUUAAUAUACAGAGUCAAUAAAA